AUGACCUCUAUUGGAACAGGAUACGAUCUUUCAGCGAGCACGUACUCGCCCGAUGGUCGUAUAUUUCAGGUCGAGUAUGCCAAUAAAGCAGUAGAGAACUCUGGCACUGCUAUAGGACUGCGUGUGAAGGAUGGAAUCGUUCUAGCAGUGGAAAAACUAGUACAUUCGAAGCUCUUGAUUCCAGACGCCAAUCGAAGAAUACAGACUCUGGAUAGACAUCUGGGCCUGGCUACCGCGGGUUUACUUGCAGAUGGUCGUCAGCUUGCUAACCGGGCAAGGGACGAAUCGGCCAAUUUCCGUGAUAGCUUCAGAUCACCAGCGCCCGUGAAGUACAUUGCUGAUCGCCUCGGCUCUUACGUUCAAGUGUAUACCCUCUAUUCGUCUGUACGACCUUUUGGAAUAAGCACCAUUAUUGGAGGUGUCGACCAGGAUGGUCCCUCGCUCUUUGUCAUCGAACCGAGUGGUGUUUUCUUUGGGUACCACGGAGCAGCCGUUGGUAAAGGCCGUCAACUUGCAAAGACAGAAUUGGAGAAACUCAAAUUGUCUGAACUCACAAUGAGGCAGGCUGUACUCGAGGCAGCUCGAAUCAUUUAUCUAGUUCAUGACGAUUCAAAAGAAAAGACGUUUGAGCUCGAGAUGUCAUGGAUUGGAGACGAGACAAAUGGACUUCACGUUCCUGUACCAAAAGAUUUACUGGCGGAGGCGGAACAGAAGGCCAAAGCUGCGCUUGAGGACUUUGAGUAA